AUGGAAGACAUUGCCAUCGUCGGCAUGGCCUGCCGCUUUCCUGGCAACGCGACGUCUCCGGAGAAGCUUUGGGAGAUGCUGGUUGCGAAGGAGUCGGCGUGGUCAGAAUUCCCCAAGGACCGUCUCAACAUCGAUGGCUACUAUCAUCCAAGCGGUGAUCGUCAAGGCAGUAUCUCGUUCCGAGGCGCUCAUUUCAUCAAGGAUGAUGUCGCAGCUUUUGAUGCGUCGUUUUUCUCAAUCAUGGCCGAGGACGCCAAGGCAAUUGACCCUCAGCAGCGUUUUCUCCUGGAGGUUUCUUACGAGGCACUGGAGAAUGCCGGUCUUCGUAUGGAAGACCUCAAAGGCAGCCCAACAGCUGUAUAUGUGGGGUCGUUCGUAAAGGAUUAUGAACAAAUCUGCCUCAGAGAUAUGGACUGGCAGCCCCAGUAUGCCGCCACGGGCACUGGAAAUGCCAUCAUGUCUAACCGCGUGUCCUACACGUACGACUUCAAGGGGCCCAGCAUGACGAUCGAUACUGGCUGUAGUGGAAGUCUUGUUGCAGUUCACCUCGCCGCUCAAGCUCUCCGAGCUGGCGACUGUUCAAUGGCCCUCGCCGCCGGUGCUGGUCUUAUCUUCACACCCAACACAAUGAUGCCCAUGACGGCACUCAACUUUCUCAGCCCAGACGGGAAAUGUUUCGCCUUCGAUUCUCGUGCGAACGGUUACGGUCGCGGGGAAGGCAUCGGCUUCGUUGUCUUGAAGAAGCUCUCGGAUGCCGUCCGAGACAAUGACACGAUUCGAGCUGUCAUCCGUGGCACCCACGUAAAUCAAGACGGCCUGACCACAGGAAUCACUCUUCCGAGCAAGGAGGCCCAAGUGGCCAACAUCCGAUCCCUCUACUUCAAGCACGACUUGGACAUGAAUCAGACAGCUUACGUCGAGUGUCACGGGACUGGAACCCAAGCUGGUGACCUGCGCGAGCUAAAGGCCAUCUCCGAGACUCUGAGUGACGGAAGGCCGAUCGAGAACCCGGUGUUUGUGGGUUCUGUGAAGACAAACAUUGGUCAUCUUGAGGGGGCCGCUGGGGUCGCUGGCCUGAUCAAAGGCGUUCUUACCACCGAAAAGGGCAGGAUACCCCCGAACAUCAACUUCGAGCAGGGGAACCCCAACAUCGACUUUGAGAACUGGAAAGUGAAGGUUCCUACAGAUCUGAUCAAGUGGCCCAUUCAAGGUGGACGGAGAAUCAGCGUCAACUGCUUUGGCUUUGGUGGAACUAACGCCCAUGCCGUUCUCGACGAGCCAGCUGCGUAUUUUGCCUCACGCGGCAUCUCCGCCAACCACAAUUCGAUUGUCGACAGCAGCCAGUCACACGAUGACAACGGAAAAACUGAGAUUCAGGUAGCCUUUUCAACUCCUCAGCUCUUCGUCUUCUCUUCGAACGAGCACAAGGGUGUAUCUCGCUUGAUGGACUCGCACCUUGACCACGCCGAGAAGCUCUCAGAUGCUACCCAGAGAGACGCCGAUAAUUAUGCAUACACCCUGGGAUGUCGUCGCUCGGUGAUGGAGUGGAAGGGGUUCGCUGUGGCCAACUCUUUUGCCGAUCUAAUCGCGAAAUUGACGGCCAGAGACGAAUCUGGCUUUACUCGAUCUAGUCGUGAAUCAACGCUGAAGCUCGGCUUCGUCUUCUGUGGCCAGGGUGCUCAAUGGGCUCAGAUGGGACGCGAGCUCAUGUGCUUCGAAGUGUUCCGACAACGCCUUGAUGCGGCGACCCAGUACCUCAAGACGAUCGAUAACGACUUCGACCUCGCCGAAGAAAUCAUGCAGCCCAAGCCAGAGUCACGCAUUCAAGAACCUCAGAUUUCACAGCCGGCAACAACAGCAAUCCAGGUGGCGCUUGUCGACUUGCUGCGGUCAUGCAAUAUCACUCCCAGCAGCGUCGUUGGUCACUCGUCAGGAGAAAUCGCAGCUGCGUACGCGUGCGGUGCCAUCGCCAGCGAAGCGGCUUGGGCCUUGGCAUACCACCGCGGCCAGAGCGCUGCACUUCUCAGAACCACUUCUCCGUUUCUUCAGGGAGCCAUGUGUGCCGUCAGGUUGACCUACUCUGAAACUCAAGCGUACCUCGAGAGUCGACAGAAUCCUGGCGAUUUGGAGAUUGCUUGCAUCAACAGUCCGAACUCGAUCACAAUCUCUGGCGAGCUGGAGGAUAUUCUACACAUGCGAGAUGAACUCAAGUCGCGCCGGGUUCUUUGCAAGGUGCUGGAUGUGGACAUCGCUUACCACUCGAGGCAGAUGAAGCUGGUCCAGGAGGAUUACAUGGAACGCGUUAAGUCCAUCCGACCGACAGACACCACUGGCGAUAUCCCAUUCUUCUCGUCCGUACGGGGUAGGGUGUAUCCACAUACUCUCCUCCAGAAGUUCUAUUGGGUCGAGAACUUGGUUUCUCCGGUGCAGUUCGUUUCUGCAGUCAAGUCGAUGAUGGAAUCUCCGAACAGGCCUGAUAUCUUGAUCGAGCUGAGUCCCCAUGCAGCGCUGGCAUCGGCGCUCUCGGAGAUCAUGGCCGAGUAUAGCCCUGGCAAUCAGCCGAUGUAUCUGUCGCUCAUGCAGCGCGAAAAGGACUCUGCGGCCACGACGCUCCAGGUGAUUGGAGAGCUUUGGGCUCGUGGCUGCCCUAUUGACAUGCUCAAGGUCAUCUCCAAGGGCUCUGACAAUCCCACGUACAAGACGCUUGUCGAUCUACCAUCCUACCCCUGGAAUCAUUCCAAGACCUUUUGGCACGAGUCGCACACCUGCACCGAGCAUCGCUUCCGAAACUUUGGCCGCCAGGACCUGAUCGGAUCGCCCUCUCCAGAUGCCACCACCUUUGAGCCGCGUUGGAGAGGUUUCUUUCGUAUCUCCGAGAACCCUUGGAUCCAAGACCAUCGAGUCCAAAAGACCAUUGUGUAUCCGGCGGCAGGCAUGGUCACCAUGGCCCUUGAAGCCGCAAGCCAGCUUUCUCAUGGCAUGACGGACAUUUUGGGAUUCCACUUGACUGAUCUGAAGAUCGAGAGAGCAAUGAUCAUUCCUUCUACGGCUUAUGGACUCGAGUACUCGCUUAAUCUGAAGCAGUGCUCUGCGAACUUGGAGGCCGAACCAGUGUGGGAAUUCUCCAUCUAUUCAAAGCAAGAAGAUGGUCCUUGGAUUCGACAUGCGGACGGAUGCAUCAAGAUUCGACAGAAGGCUGGAGGUCUCCCUUCACCCGCUACGGGGAACGAGGCCAUGUUCAAAAAUAUUCAAAGUCUUUGCACCACAACAAUGCCUCCGCGACAGCUAUACGAGAUCCUGGAUGUCGUCGGUCUCAACUACGGACCUUGCUUCCAGAAUGUCGCGUCUAUAUCGACUCACCAGAACUCCUGUACCAGCAAGAUUCGAAUUCCCGAUACGAAGUCGAAGAUGCCAGCAAACUUUGAGUAUCCUCAUGUUAUUCAUCCCGCCACGCUGGAUGCCAUGUUUCAAACUCUCUUUGCCAUCGACACCAAGCCAAUGGUUCCUUCAUCUAUCGAAAGCAUUUUCGUUUCAGCGAACACCCCUCACGGCGCCGGCUUCGAGUUCACGGGUUUCGCUACGGCCGAAAGGCACGGUCUUCGCGACGCAACUGGUUCUAUUGUGAUGGUGGCUGAUGUCAGUGAUUGGGAGACCCCGUCUAUUGUUGUUGAUGGUUUGCAUUUCACUGCCCUGUCGACACCCUCGAUUGAGGACGGUGGCUUCAUCCCAAAUCAUCGCAAUCUCUGUUCUAAUGUCGUGUGGAAAGAGGACUACACCACGACGAUGUACGCAGACCUCACCCACAUGCUGGAGCUGAUGGCUCACAAAUACCCGUCUCUAUCUGUUCUUCAAUGUGGUGGGGAUGAGCAGAUGGCUCGACAUAUUCUGGAGACGCUCUCGAAUGGCGCCAGGCUUCUCUUAACCCGCUUCACCAUUACGGAUGCCAAUACGCUGUCCACCACGCAGAAGAUCUUUGAGAAAUCACCGGCUGUCAAAGUCUUGGAGUACCGUAGCUGGGAAGCAGUCAAGGAACACUCUGCUCGCUACAACCUGAUCAUCGCGGUUAGAGACUCAAGCGUGGAUAUGAUCCAAGCAAGUCAGCUCCUGCUGCAAGAUGGCCUUCUGCUCAAUGAGGUCUCGCCUCCAAUGACCCCGACCACCACCGACUCCUUGUCCGGAUUUCAGCAGCUUUCCGAUGAGCUCGCUUCGCUCCAAGUGUCUUAUGAGCCCGACUUGGACGACGCCAUUCGCUGCGACAUGCUGGACCAGCAUUUCGAGGUUCAUCUCUUCGCCGACGCGUUGGACCCUGUUUCAUCACCCGAAGUCGUCCUUAUCUUGCCCGACAAAGCCGACGCAGCUCUCAAUAGCUUUGUCACGUCUCUCAAGGAUCUCUUGUCCGACAAAGAAUUCAAACUGAGCACUGGCCUCUUGCAUGAAGUCGACCCUGCUGGCAAGAUCUGUAUCGCGCUUCUCGAAGCGUGCGAGUCUUUUGUAUAUAACUGGACAACCGAGCAGUUCAGUGACUUCCACAACCUUCAGAACACAGCCAAGAGUGUCUUGUGGAUCACCCGCGGCGCAAACAGACGUCCUACCAUCCCUCAGAACGCCCCUGUCAUUGCGCUUGUACGCACGAUUUUGUCCGAGGAUCCGCAGAAGGCGAUUGUCACUCUCGAUUUGGCCGAGGCUACCCAUCUCACUUCAUCUACCCUCCCCAAGGCUGUGUGGUCUGUCCUUGCUUCGAUCUUGGCUGGAUCAGUGGAGGCGGAGUUUGCGGAAGAGGGAGGCGAUCUGUACAUCCCCAGACUGAUGCCCCAGGAGGAGCUCAACAGAAUGAUCGAAAAUGACUCUCAAAUCGAGGUUGUCCAGAAGCCUAUUUUUGAUCAAUCGUCGAGCAAAGACAGCUACAAGAUGGCCAUUUCUCGGCCGGGCGUUUCAAACGACAACUUCCACUUCGUCAAGACCUCGUAUCCUACAAAGCUUGGUCCUCAAGAGGUUGAGAUUCAGACUCUCAGUGCAGCCUUGCAUCUUUCUGAUCUCCACACCGCCAUGGGACGAACUGAUGAAGAUUUCCUGGGCAUUGAUGUUAUGGGAAUCGUAAGCAAAGUCGGUCGCGAUGUGAGAGAUAUUCGCUGCGGAGAACAGGUUGUGGCCCUUGCCCCCGACGCCUUCAAGACGGUUCAUCGAGUCGACCAGGGAUUCGUCAAGCCCGCGCCGCUGCCGUUUGAGUGUUGCCAGUACACCCCAAGUGCCCUCAUCGCUGCGUAUUAUGCGAUUUGCGGCGUCGGUAAACUUUCCAAGAAGAAGAAGAUUCUGGUCCACGCUGGCGCAAGUUCCUACGGUCAAGCUGCGAUUCGAAUUGCCACCCUCAUCGGCGCCGAGGUUUUUGCGACGGUCCUGGGAAGCGACUCCAAUGCCCAGCGUGCAACUCUCGUCAAAGCUCACUCUAUUCCGGAGGAUCACAUCUUCGACGCAAAUGGGGAGUCUUUCGUGGCUGAUGUUCUCCGAUUUGGAACGGUCAACAUCGUCUACAAUCCCACUCAGGAGCACACUGCCAUCAGUUUCAAAUGUGUAAAGCCAACCGGCUGCGUUUUUCAGCUCUCCGACAAAACUGGCAGAGCUGUUAGAUCUCCAGUUGUUUCUUCCAUGCUGUUCGUACGUUUCGACGUCGCCACCAUCAUGGAGGAUGACCCUGAAAUCGUCAUGGAACUAUUUACCAUGGUAGACCAAUUUGCCUUUGACUACUUGCGCAAGAGCUCGAGUUUGCAGUGCCAGCCAGUCCACCGGUUCCCCAUGUCCAACUUCGAAGGAGCCUUCAAGCAAAUCGAGAGAGCGCCCCAGCACGGCCUUGUCACCAUGACAGCUGACCGCGGUACCCUCGUUCCUGUAGCCACAGAGAUGCGAACCAAGCCGCUUUCUGAUGCCAUCGACCCCAAAGGCACCUAUGUACUUGCUGGCGGUCUAGGAGGCUUAGGAAGGAGCAUCGCAAAGCUUCUUACAGACAAUGGUGCAAAGAAGCUGGUGUUCUUGUCAAGAUCUGGCGGCAAUCAAGAUGCUCAAGACUUCCUUCAUCGUCUCGGCAAGGAAGGUGUCCAAGCCACGGCAGUCGCAGUGGAUAUCACAGAUCUUCAAGCACUCAAGGCACUCGCUCCAACUCUGGGGAAGAUCUCUGGAGUUGUUCAGUGCGCUGCAGUCAUUCAGGACGCUCUCUUCGAGAAGAUGAGCUUUGCUGACUGGCACGCCGCCUUCGCUCCCAAGGCAAUCGGCGCUGUCAACCUCGCAGAAGUCUUCGGCCAAGGCCCCAACCCCGGCCCGGCCAGCCCCGCCGCCCCUUGGUUCCUCUUCCUCUCGAGUGCCUCGGGAAUAAUCGGCAACCGGGGCCAAGCCAACUACGCGGCGGCCAACGCCGUUCAAGACGCCCUCGCCCAGGCCAUCCCUCGCGCCGUCUCCCUGGCUCUCGGUCCUGUCCUCCAGGCCGGGAUGCUGGUGGAGGACGAGGAGACCCUGGGGAAGCUCCGCGGUGCUGGGUUCUACGGAAUCCGGCACCAGGACUUCCUGACGAUGGUCGAGCGGGCCAUCACGGGGGAGGUCACCCCCGGCGUUCAGACGAACCCCCAAAUCGUCUCGGGCGUCGGAACCGGUGGCCUCAUUCGCCAAAACAACCCCGGCGACCCCUUUUGGUCGCGCACAGCGCUCUAUUCGUACAUGAAUAUCGUCGACGUGCCGAUCUCCUCUCCGGAGGGGGGCCGUGAUGGUCCAGGUGAGGCCGACGUCAAGAAGAUGCUCGCCGUGUGCUCCGGGGCGGAGGCGGCCGCGGUCAUCAUCUGCACCGGCCUGGUGCAGUUGAUGGCCAAGGCCAUGUCCCUCCUCCCGGAGGAGAUUGAUCCGGAGCGGGCGCCCAGCGCGUACGGCGUCGACUCCCUUGUUGCUGUAGGUGUUCGGAACUAGAUUUUCCGCAACGCCGGGGGAGUCGACGUCUCCGUCUUUGAGAUCCUCGGAGAGACGUCUGUUCGGGGCCUGGCUGGUGUUGUUGCCAGCAGGGGCAAGUGGUGAGGGGCAAGGGGCCAAGUUCCCCAAGAAGACUGGUGUGUAGCGGUCCGGAAUGAAACGAAAAGGACCGGAGUGAGACGACCCGAUUCAGUAGAACGGGAUUGCGGCUGUCUGUGUGUGAAUGGGAGGAUACAAAUGGGCGGAAUGGUGUGUUUUUGUGGGGGACCGGAUAGAUCAACGCUUUAGAAUUUUCUGGGCCGGCUUCGCGUUUUUAAUCAUUAAUUGACUGUUCUAUAUCCAUGC